UGAGAUAAGAGAGCAGAAGGAGGACUGCUUGCAGAUUUCUUUAAACAUGACAGAAGAGAAGAUUAAACGAAUAAAUGAUGCUGUUUCCGUACAUCCAGAUUUUCCUAAGCCAGGAAUAGACUUUAAAAAUAUCUUCCCAGUUUUACGUAAUCCAUCACUGUUUAAAGACCUAAUAGAUGUGAUGGUGGAGAGUGUUUCUAAAAAUGCUGAAGGUGUCAAAAAGAUAGUCGGACUCGACGCCCGUGGCUUUCUGUUUGGACCAAUGAUUGCUCAGGCCCUUGGUAUAGGAUUUGUUCCAGUACGCAAAGCUGGAAAACUACCAGGGGCAACUCACAGCAUAACAUACAAACUGGAAUAUGGCCAGGAUACCUUUGAAGUUGAACAAGAUUCUGUGAAACAAGGAGAGAAGGUUGUGAUAGUUGAUGACCUUUUAGCAACUGGAGGCACGAUGAAGGCGGCGUACGACUUGGUGAACAAGGCAGGAGGCGAGGUUCUUCAGUGUCUUGUUGUCAUGGAGCUGGUGGAUUUGCGUGGACGCGACAAAGUACCAAAUACAACUGUGACAUCGCUAAUUAAAUACUAAAAGGUCAACUACGUAGAAAUAAAAAAAGUCCCAAAAACCAUGCAAUGAAACAAGUGAUUGUGUCCACACUUAGGUACGAUUACCCAACAAAAUGGUUACUUUAGACAGGCAUCGGAAUACUCAGUGUUUUAUAUUACAGCGAUAUUGUGAGGAUAAUAUGGCAUUAUAUCCAAGGCUUUUAGUGAUAUUUUAAUUAUUGGUCUCAUUAUUAUACAUUUUACUUUGAAUAAGAAAAAGUUUUUUUUCAGAUGACAGCUAGAAUUCCAAGGUCAUUUAUACAGAAUUUAUUUGAAAUUAUAUUCCUUUUGAUUGGCAAAAACAUGGAGUUUUUGUAAUUGAAUACUUGUAGUCAGUGUUUUUGCUUUUUCUUUGCAAAUUUUGGAAAUUGUCACAUGGCAGAAAUGAAUGUUAUAUGCAGAAAAAGUGUAAAAUGGAGGAAACAGGGCUGGGUUUUAUAUUGUCACUUAAGAAAAUACUGGAUUUAAUGAAUUUGGUGAUUUUGAUUACUUUAUCAGGAAAAUAAUCAUCAUACAAUCUGAAAUCGGGCCUACAGAUGUAUAUUCAGUCUCAAAUAUAUAUGUAGAGUGGAACUGGACUUGGCUGAACGCUGGUGGUCUGCAGGUAGCUUAGGUGUCUGUCCCGAGGUCCCCGGUUCGAGUCCCGGUCUGGUUGUUGCAUUUUUCCUGUCCUGUUACUUUUGGCGCCCAACGAAAUAUCCACAGUUGUCUGGUGUCUUCAGGGUCGAAGAUUUUGUUGAAGGAGGGGGGAAUGUAGCGGAACUGGACUGGGCUGAACGCCAGUGGUCAUGUAGCUCAAAUGGCUAGAGCAUCCAUCUAGGGUUCCGAGGUUCAAGUUCCAGUUUGGUGUAUUUAUAUAGUUGACAGGAAAAACAAUGAGUCUUUCGAUUGUUUUUAAUUUGUUAAGUUAUAUUCCUAUCAAAAAUAAUGUAAUAUUAUGUACCUGCUUCGUUUCACAAUUAGAAAUCCUUCAUUUUGUCCCUUCUUUUUAAGGUAAGACUAGGGUCUUUUUAGUAUGAUAUUUAUAUACUUGUAUUAGGUAAAAUACCUGGUAAUCUUGUGACAUUUUUUGUUCCCAACAAGGAACCUGGGUGGGACUAAAGUUUUGCAUUGUGUCUGUGUCCUUCUAUCACUAUCUUGUCUAGGCUCCAUAUUUAAUACCAUACUUGUCACUAGAUUUUCAUACUUGGGUUAUGAGUACAUGUAGGUAAGGAAUAUGUCAUGUAUCAAAACUAGGUCACUCUGACCUACAUUUUGACCUUUGACCUACAUCUAAGACAAAUUUUGCCUGGGCUCUAUCUGACCUAUGCUACUUGUCACUGGAAUUUUGCACUUAGGUUAUGGGUUCACUUAAUGAAUUGUGAAUUUAGAAUGCCUGCAUUUUUGGCAUAUAAAUUCACAUCUGGUGGGGGGACUGUAAUUCACAGUUUGUCUCUUUAUAUCUUAAUGGUAUUUCAUUUGCACUGUUUUUGCCUUAUAUGAUGUGGGCCCAAAUACCAAUUAGUGCUCAUUUCAUUCAUAUAACUUUUACUGCAAUGAGAUUUUGUUUCCUGGUGAUUGUCACAUCAUUUACAUGCAUGAUAUUGAACUUUGUGUUAUUUAUUGAUUCUGCUAAGGGAUGCAUGGCCUUGAUGUAAACAGGGAGUGAAUUUUUUUUUUUUUUUUUAAACUGAACCUACAUUAAGAGACCAUCUGUGUUAAAAGGCCACUUAAUCAUAGUCUUUCCCAGAGAAGCCAAUUAGAAAUUUUAUUCUUGAAUCAAUAAUACAUGUACGCAUACUUAUACAUUUAUAUUUUCUUUUGCUGGUUUCUUACAGCUUUUUGUUAUUAUGAUAAUUAAAUAAUGUCUUUUUAUUAUUCUAUUAAUAGUUUCAUAAAUCUUUUUUCAACAUGAAUUCCCGAUUGUAUUCCAUCAGUAUUAUUCGAAUUCACACUCCAUUUGAGGUAUUUAUCAUGUCACGCCAUUUAUUACGCAAAAACGAAAUCCAAUAAGUAGUCCAUUGAUAUACCCAUGUAUUUCUUUAUUUUUAUAAAAUUUAUCAUUUGUCUGAUGUAAUUGUUUUGUUUAUAUAAUGGUUCUAUAUUUAGAUUUGGCCAUUUAAGGUUGAGUGGAACUUAAGUUAAUGAGUCGCUAUAGAAAGUUAUAUCAGCGGAUGAAAAAUAUGUAUCCAUUAAUUUUUCAUCCCAAGUCUGUUUUAUCCAAGGUAUAUUUUUAUAUUCACUGUACACGUUAAAGGUGUUUAUUGAUAAUAAACAGGAAUAAUUAA